UAUGACCUCAUACAGUAUCGUAAAGUUCAUCAAAAUCAUCGUUACUCCGAUCAGUCGCGUGAAUUAAUUAAGGAUAAAUUAUUUGCCACGAGUUACCAUGUGCUCGCGAUUAUACGUAAUAGUGCUCUCGAUAUUAAUUCUGUCUGAAAUACACGCGAUUUAUCCGUUCAAUGAGGAUACUUUACCGCCAAGAAUCUCGAGAAAGCUGGAUGAUUAUUGGCAAACCUAUAAGAUGCAGUUUAAUAAAACGUACACGGGAAAUCUGGAAAACACGAGGCGAACAGCUUGGGAACAAAACCUCGUGGAGAUUUAUAAACACAACCUAAUGGCCGCCGCGGGACAUCAUAGUUACACCCUACGGGAUAAUCAUAUCGCCGAUCUCAACACUCGACAAUACAUACGCAAUAUGGUGAAACUGAUACCGAGUCAAAGGCGCCGAUUGCCAACCGAACCGAUGGUAUCGGCGGUUCUACAGAACCCUCACAGUAUACCAAGACGUUUAGAUUGGCGCGAAUACGGCUUCAUCACCUCGCCGGUGAACCAACGGGAUUGCGGGAGUUGUUACGCUUACUCGAUCGUGGAGAGUAUACAGGGACAAAUUUUUAAGCAAACCGGCAUGCUGCUCCCCUUGAGCGCACAACAAUUGAUAGAUUGCAGCACGGCGACCGGGAACCGUGGCUGUGUCGGCGGUUCCCUCAGGAACACUUUGAAAUAUCUGGAAAAGUCGAAGGGUCUCAUGGCCGGAUACUUGUAUCCGUACAACGCCGAGCAAGGAAUGUGCAAAUUUCAAAAAGACCUGAGCGUCGUCAAUAUAACUUCAUGGGCAAUUUUGCCUGCCCGGGACGAAAAAGCUUUAGAAGCAGCAGUAGCGACUAUUGGUCCUGUAGCCGCCUCUAUAAACGCUAGCCCGAAGACAUUUCAGCUUUAUCAUAAAGGCAUCUAUGACGAUUACCUGUGCAGUUCGGACACAGUGAACCACGCGAUGUUAAUCGUCGGAUACACGCCGACAGAGUGGAUCUUGAAGAACUGGUGGGGCGAUAAUUGGGGCGAAAAUGGCUACAUGAGAUUGGCAAAACAUAAGAACCGCUGCGGCAUAGCAAACUAUGCGGCUUAUGUGAAAGUUUGACAUUCAUUCCCCUUUAAUUUCAUCGCGAAGAGACCUUUUUUUUUAUUUGCUUAGAGAAAUAUACACAUAUAUUUAUAUUAAUUUUUUUUUAUACCUGAACAAAGAGCAUUUUAUUUUGAUUUUAGGCGGUGAUCUCUUUUCCGAUAAUAUUAAAUAAAUUGUGUCUUUUUUUCUUAUAUAUUUCUUAUCAAUUCUUACACUUAGAAAGAAUUAACAAAAAAAGUAUUAGAAAUAUCAUGAGUUCAAUAAUUCUACUCACUGAUAGAAUUCUACUGAUGAUUUUACCAUGGGAUGGAGUCAAAGAUCGCAUGUAUUCGAGCGAUUAAACUUCGGGUAAUUACUAAGGAUCGCCGAACAUUUAUUACAUAACAGCCAUUGACCGCAGGACGGUCGAAUACCAGAUACCAGACUUCCGUAACCACAUAGGAUCCCAGAGAAAUUUAAUCGAACCGUACAACCGCGGCACGAUAGGAACGUGGAGGCUUUGCCCGAUCGAAAAUUCUGUCCAAAGACGAAGUACACGACUAACCGGGACAUAUCACCAUGGCAUUUCCGCGAAAGAGAAAGAGAAAGAGAGAGGAGGACAAUGAAAUACAUAGGAGGAGAGUUGAUGAACCAAUUUGUAUAUCCUACAUAAAUAGGAUUCUAUGGACGCUAACCGCGUGACGUAACAUCAGGCGAACUGUCACGUAACUGCAUAAUGCCACACAGUGAUAUAAAUCCAGGGACGCAUCCCGCAAAUGAUUUACAUACGUACGAUUUGAAUAGGAGAGAUAAAAAUGAACAUUUGUGACGGAGAGUUAGAAACAAUAGUUGCACUUUUUUCAAUAAUUAAUAUGUUACAUAAAUAUACGCUAUUAUAAUAAAAAAAUAAUGGACAUUAAAUAUUUUUGAUUAUCGAUCAAAUACAUAAACGAAUUUGACUGUCAAC